GACACUCUUAGCUGGGGAUUGAAAGCCACAGUCUCCUUCAAAGUUCAGUUUGACCCAGAGAUGAUCCUAAAGCCGAAAUAUUAUGACAUUGUGACGCCAGUUCAACUUCUCUACUACGAUGACUAUCAAGAGAAUAACGGUGUAGUUACCAAGAAGAACGUGCACAACCACCCUCUCGGUAAAGUUACCUUUGGCGUCGAACUGUCAGGCUGUUCACAGCCAUUGGGAAUGAAAAGUGGAAGAAUCAAUGACUAUCAGAUUACAGCUUCCUCAAGUUAUGAUGAAUCUCAACCAUCGCGAGCGCGAGAGACCAAAGACGCUUGGUGCACUGACAAGGAGGAUAAAGAUCAGUUUAUUCAAGUGGACUUCCUACUCAAGACACGAGUGACACGCGUGGGAACCAUGCGGCGGAUUACCAAAGAUCACUGGGUGUCUGAAUACUUCCUGCAGUUCAGUGAUGAUGACAACACGUGGAAUGAUUACCUUGAAAACGGUCAAGUUAAGAUCUUCAAAGGCCCUCAAAGAGCGGAAGACCGAGAAAUGAUCGUCCAUAAACUCCGCCACCCAAUCGAGGCUAAUAGUAUUCGAAUUCGCCCGUGGGCUUUUCAGGAGCUGAUCUGCAUCAGGUUCGAGUUUUAUGGCUGUGACAUUCCAGGUUCUCCAGCAAGCUGCAUCUCUCCGCUGGGUCUUGAAUCUGGUGAAAUUACAGACGCAGCCCUGACUCACAGCCUUCCUUCCAGUAAUCCUUCUAAGCCAGAGUUCAUCCGUCUUCACAAGGACGUGGGUAACUUCCCGUAUGGGUGGUCUGCACGAGCCGCUCAAGUGCCUCCUGACUACUUGCAGAUAGACUUCGGCUCGCUGCGCAGAGUGACGAGAAUGUCUACAAUGGGAGGAACUCUCUCAUUCUUUUAUGUUUCGUCGUACCAACUUCAAUACAGUUUGGAUGGUAUAACGUGGAUGGAUUAUCAUGAGAAAGGGAAGAUUAAAGCUUUAAAUGGACCAAAAAGCAGUAAAGAGGCCGUUUACGCAGUCCUUGCCAAGCUCGCCGAACCGUUCGUGGCCCGUUACCUACGAAUCAUCCCUGGCACUAAGAAUAUGGCUAUGAGAGCAGAAGUUUACGGAUGUUUCGCUGAAGAACUUCCACCUUACGCUGGCGUCUCUUUGUACGCUCGACGGUCCUUCCUGUUGGAUCCCGACACUGACAGGUUUUAUGCCUGCAUGUACACAAGUGAAUCAGCUGAAAGCAGCUGCUUUUCAACCACAGAUGGUGUGGAAUGGAUUGCUGUUCAGCCUUUCAUUAUCAGUGUAGCUGCUUCAAAUCCCUCCUUGAAGGAAAUAUAUGGUUUGGACCGAAGAAUGAACUUCCAUCGCAGUUGUGACUCGGGUGAAUCCUGGCGACAGAUCACGGACGGUUACUUUAACAAGACACUGACAGAAUCCCAGCUGAUUAAAGCGAAAGCUCUUCCAGAAAAUCUUGUGUCUGAGAUGCCCACGAGUGACCUGACAGCGCUCGCUGACUCUACUGGGACUACCUGGGGAGUAUCCGGGCGUGGAAUUCAUGCGAUGACUGCUGGAAGUGACGCGUGGAGCCUGGUGGGCACAUGGAAAUGUUGCGGCCAGUAAUGAGAUGGAUGGGUGUUGACAGCUAUGAAGCUUGUAAAUAGUGCACCUUCAUCACAUAUAGAACUCAUGUAUAAGUUUGCAUAUAACUCAUAAAGUUAGAAAAUGGGACUCUUAUGGGGAAAAUAUCAAAUAAACAUUUUCGCGGUAGAUUACAGUUUUGUUGGGACAUGUUACAACUAAGAAUUCAAUAUAUUUGGUAAACAAUACUAGGAAAAGGGCUAAGGGAUAUCGAACUGUAACAAACAUAGAAGACGCGUCUUUCUUUUCAAUAUUUCUUGUGGUCUCACACUAGCCUUAUGGUUUAUAAACUCUUAGUAGUUUCGAGAGAUCAUUUCUGGGUUGUUAACAACACAGUUAACUAAACCCAGAUUUGCUGUAAAUUUUUACUUCAAUUUUGAAACUUCCAAGACAGUUUUGUUGAUAAAACUUAGUAUCCCCUAGUUUGCUCCUCGGGAAGAUGAAGGACCUGACAUACAGGUGGGAGCAAACUGCAGGUAAAUUUCUUGAAUUUUGGUGAGAAAACCUCUGCUUAGUUUGAAAUUAAUAAGGAGUUUUGUAUUUAAGUACGACUUGCGGUAAUGAUCAGAUGACUGCUAAGAUCAGAAAUAAAAUUGUUGCAUAU